AUGCAACAAAAGGAGGAAUUUAUUCAUCAUUUGGAUGGCUUGAUGAAUGUGCAGAAUUUGCACGAUCAGGGAAUGACUCCACAAGAUGUUGAUUUAUUAUUGUGGAAGAGAGGUAAAAAAUCAAGUGAAUUGGUGCAUGGCAAGUUGGAGGAGAUGAAGAUGGGUGAACAAGAGAUUGGGCAAUUGAUUGAUCAAUUGUUGGAAUCCAAGUCCGAUGAUCAAGUUAGGGAGAAUAGAAUUGGUGUUAUUUUGGCAAUUGUUUAUGAAUUGAGAAGUGAAAAGUUGAUUCAAUUAAUUACUGAUAGAAAUACUCCUAUUAUGAUUGUUGAUUUGAUUGUUAAGAAUUUGACAAGAAUUUUGAAAGAUCAAGAUGAAUUUAUGAAAUUUUUCAAUGAGAAAUAUGAUAAAUUGAAUGAUCAUGUUAGAAUUAGAAUUGAAAGAUGUGUCAGAAAGACGAAACCAAAGUGGAUUCCACAAUUGUUGAGUACAUUGUUGGAAAGAAAGGCUCCUUCAAGAGAAUGCAUGUGUACUUUGGGACAUUUAGAAUCAAAUCCAGAAAAUGACAUUUUAAUUGUUAAGGUUCUUAAAGAUCUUAAAAUAGAAUUAAAUGACAUGAUGUUCAGUCCAUUAUUUAGAAAACAUACAAAGGCAAUGAGUACUUUUUUGAAAGAUAGAAUUGAAGAAAUAUGUGGAAACAAUCCUCAGAAAGCAGCUCAAUACUUUAACUCGCAAAAAUUACCAGUGUUUCUACUCAAACAGUUUCCUAACUUUGCCUGGGAAUUGAUUUCAAAGUAUUUGGUCAACCCAUUCUUGGAAAACAAGUGUCAGAAAUUGUAUUUGAACAAGUUUUGGUACAUUCCAACAUUUUACACUCAUCCAUCUUUUGUAGAGACGACUGAAAAAAUUAUUUCACUCACCAAAGAUCCUUCCCUCAUUCAUGCACGUCAAUUGGUUAACAGACUAACUAUCAAACAAUUAGCCAAAAUAUUGUUUGCAAUUAUUGAAAGUUUUGGAUAUUCUAGAUCAACCCAUGCCAAACACUUUAUUGGGAUUCUACUCUUUAACAAAGCAAAGCAUUAUGCCAAUAGAAAUGUUCUAUUCGAAAAUAUGUAUUCACUUGGUUUGAAUAAGGAAAAAUUCAUUAAUUGGAUUGUCAAUAAUUGCCAAACAGAUCAAAUACCAAUGAUUUUGAAUAUUCUACCAUGGGAUAUUGCAUCUGCAGUUGCUGAAAGAAUAUAUCAAUUGAGAAAGAAAGAGGUUUUCAAAAAUUCUUCUGAGGAGAGUAUUUAUUGGAAAUACUUUUUCAAUUUGGAUGAUAAUGAUCAAAGAAACCAAUUCAAAAAUGCAUGCUCGAAUCCAGUUGGUGAAGUAAGAGCUUGUGUUUUGAGAGAUUUACUCUUGUGUUCGCUCAUGUCUGGAAAGCAAGUGAGAGAAACUUUAGAAUUUAUUGAAACCAGAAUGAAAAACGAUACAGAGGUUCAAUCCAGAUUAUUCAAUCAAUAUAAUAGAGACAACUCAAUCGAUAGCUUUUUGGGCAUUCAUUUCAAAGAUCAUUCUGAACUAAUUCUCAAUAUUUUAAGCAAGGUAAACUCGUACUCUGCUUCUUCAAUUUAUCAGGCUCUUAUUUCUCAAAAUAUGACUAAUGUAGAAAUUUUGAAGAGAAUUAUUAUUUCAAUGGAGAAGACUUCGAAUUCUUCGUCUAGAGCAGUUAGUUUCAGAAAGGAAGUUCACCAAGAGUUGAUGAAUCAUUUCAAGCCAACUUUGGAGGAAAUGGCAAGAAAUGGCUCAUAUGAAUUGAUUAGUUUCUUAUUCGAGUCAAUUGAAAAUCCAGUUAAAUAUGAUUAUAUCAACGAGUUUGUUGCUAAUUACAUUGAGAAUGUAAUCCCUGAAACCACUUCUAAUAUUCCUCCAAAGCUUCUCAAAGGACUUGUUGAGGUUUAUCUCAAAUCGGAUCCAAAGAAUAUUUCCAAGAGAGUUAAAGUCAUUCUUGACAAGUAUCCUCUUUCAUUUCAAUUAUCUGUUGUACAGAGAGCACUCUUAGAUAAGAGAAAUAUUCCAGAUCCAGAACUUGUCUCCAAAUUCUUACCAGAUCACGUUCUCGAAUUUGAAGAGUUGAACUUGUCAUUGAGUAGUCAAUCUCCACUUGUAUGGAAACCUGAAGUAUUGAGUUCUCUCCAUCUCGAAACAUUUGCUCCUAAACAAUUGUUACAAUCCUUCUCUACCUAUUACAAGGAUUAUCUGUUUAAGGUUUGUAGAACUGGAGAAAUUAGUAAUUUCUACUGUUCUAGGUAUUCAGAGUUUUCAGAGAGGAAACAAACUCUACUAAUCCUUCCAAAGCUUCUCUAUGAAAGACCAAUGUUGGAUGACUUGGUUCAAUUCAUUGAUGAGAAGAUUCUCUCUAACAUUUCCUUGGAGAAUGUGGUUCCAACCAUGGGUAGAGGAAGAGGCAGAGGCAGAGGCAGAGGAGGAGGUAGAAUGAGUGCACCAAGAAGUGUACCAAGACAACCUCGUGCUAUUGAAUUGAAUGUAGAAGAUGCUGCUGUUAAAUCUUUGGCCAAACUUGUGAGAACUAAUUCUCAACAUCCACUUGAACAUUUAGAUUGGAUUCUCGAAAAUAUUACCUCUGAAAAUGUAAUGUAUUUCUACUCGGCUCUGAACAGAUUAUCAAAACAUGAACCAGGAUUCGUAAGGAAAUUUAUUGAAAUUUUAAAAGGAAAGUUUAGUUCAGGACCAAAGGAGAAUUUCACAAUUUCAAUUCAAAAGGUUUUCAUUUGCUUUUUCAAGCAACAUGCAGAAUUUUCUGGUAACCAUCCUCUCGUCAAUGAAAUUGCUGACUUUUUGUUACAUCUUUGGGAUUUGAAACUUCAUAAGGAUGUUCAAGUUGCAAUUGUUCAAACAGCCAAAAAAAUCAUUUCCAAAGCAAAAGAAUAUGAUCUCUAUGCAAAACUUGAAAGAUUGUUCAAGGAUGCUGCCACUCAUGAAUAUCAAGCCGUUGUGGAAGAGCUGGCAUUGUAUGUUCCAACUUUGAAUGAGAAAAUAGCUCAAGACUUUUUCACAUUGAGUUUGCAAGCAUUGCAACAUAAGGAUUCUGGUAAUUCUCAAUCAAAAGUAUGGCACCGUAUCUCUCAAGCAGUUCUUAGUCUUGAUAUGAGAGCUUUUAGUAAUUCAUUUGAUGCAAUGUCUCUUUUCAAUUCCUAUCUCAUUGAUGCCUUGCUUUUAUUCGGUGCUUCUAAGGACACUUCCGUUACUGAUAUUGCUAUUGCUACUAUUACAACUCAAUUAUUGGAAAACACAAAGCAAGUGAGCGAACUGUUAUUGGAAAAGAUUGUAAAACCACUGUUCACAGAUGACAAACUCAAGACACUUAAUCUAGAAUUUGAUAGACCAAUUUCUACAAGAUUACAAUAUUUGGCAAAGCAAAUUGCAACAACAAUAACUGGAACUUAUUCAACCAUUUCAGAAGAAACCUUGAACGAUAUUCAACAGUUAAUCUUGGAUUGGAUUGGAUUGACUAAAACAUUGGAAGAAAGAAUUUCACACGCCUGCCUUGUUUCCAGUAUUACAAAUUGGUCAAAUAAGGAUUCGAUUAUCGAAAACAGUAUCAAGAGAGUCGCUAAUUUAUUUGUUGACAUGCCAGAUUUGAAAAUUGCUGGUUUGACAACUUUAUGUCACAAUUCCAGUCUUUUCAUUCUCACAAAUGAACACUCUGACAGCACCACCCAAGCUGUUUCUCAUAUUCUCCAAAACCAUAGUCAAUACUCUCAAGAUGAAUUAAUUCUAGCAGUCGCUCUUCUUAAAUUAAUUCCAGUCAAUCCAGAUAUUGAAAAUCUAAUGAAAAUCAUCAACAAUCUUACACCAACCUAUCCACUUCUUGCCAUCACAUACUUUAUCAAAACUGAAAGUGAUCAAGAUAAAGGAAAGAAUCAACGAUUCCCUUUCAGAAGACAUGGUUAUUAA